GGACGGGGGACGGGUUGGUGGGCAGGUUGGUGCAGUUUAGGGGUAAAUCCCAAUUGUUCCUUUCUAUCCAUUCUGGAACCUGUUCCUUUUAUUCAUUUUCCUCCAUACUCAGUUGAAGAUAAAAAGGUCAUCAAUUAUUGAAAAGGGGCAUUUACUGUCAUUAUUCCUCCGACGAUACUCUGAUACAACGAGACAAAUCAGUGCUUAAAAAACACAAGGAAGAGACAAGUUAGGACAAAGACGCGUAGCUUACAUUCGAAUUUGCCCUUCUAAGUACAUCUCUGUCCAGUUUGUCCAGUUUGUCCACUGUGUGCAGUUGUGUCUCCAAUCGUUUUGUCGUUGUCUGUCUUUUUUUCUCUUUUGGCUUUUUUGUCCAUCGCGUCCCUCGACAAAUCGGACAAAAAAACCCAGCCCAUAACUUGGACAUAAACACAGAGGAAACACUCGACACAGCAGUUGAAAGCAUUGACGAGGAAGUCGAGCGAGCUGAACAAGAAGAGAUGUCACGUGUCCUUCCUCAGAUCGACCUCAGUGGGCUGUCCGUGGAGGACAAGAAGGAGAACGAGUACGGUGCGCUGACGUCACAGAAGUACCGUUAUACAUGUGUCUCGAGACAGGGCAAGCCGUUGCCAGACCCUAUAGAGGAUGAGCCUCCGUAUUAUGUGCUGCUGAUCACGUAUCUCAACUACCUGAUCCUCAUCAUCGUGGGACACGUCAAGGAUUUCUUUGGAAUCAGGUUCAAACCUAAGAAGUACGCCGACCUCUUGGAACAUGACGGCAUGGCUCCUUGGUACAACAAGUUUGAGUCCUUUUACAUCAGAAGAAUGAAACAGAAGCUGGAUGACUGCUUUGCCAGACCAACGUGCGGUGUGCCUGGCCGUCUCAUCACGUGUAUCGACAGAGACCCUCAUGACUACAACAAGUACUUUACAUACCCGGGGACGACUUCAACUUGUUUGAACUUAUCGUCGUACAACUACCUGGGGUUUGCACAGAGCGAGGGUGCCUGCACGGACUCUGCUAUUGAAACCGUGGAGAAGUAUGGUAUCGGUACAGGUGGUCCAAGAAACGUGAUUGGAACUAUGCAACUACAUAGAGAAACUGAGCGUACCAUUGCCAAUUUCAUCGGAGUGGAGGAUUCUAUACUGUUCUCUAUGGGAUACGCCACGAACGCUUCGCUCUUCUCUUCCAUAUUGGAUAAGAAGUCGCUGAUAAUAUCGGACGAACUGAACCAUACCUCGAUUAGAACAGGUGUCAGACUCUCUGGUUGUUCUGUCAAGACAUUCCCUCACAACAACAUGGAUGCAUUGGAAAAAUUGCUCAGAGAGCAAAUCUCUCAAGGUCAGCCUAGAUCGCAUAGACCUUGGAAAAAGAUUGUUGUUGCAGUGGAAGGCUUGUACUCGAUGGAAGGUACAAUGGCCAACUUGCCCAAGCUGAUUGAACUGAAGAAGAAGUACAAGUUUUAUCUCUUUGUCGAUGAAGCUCACUCGAUAGGUGCCAUUGGUCCAAGAGGCCGUGGUGUAUGUGACUACUUUGGAAUUGACCCUAAAGAGGUUGAUAUUCUUAUGGGCACUUUGACCAAGUCGUUUGGUGCUGCUGGUGGUUACGUCUCUGGUUCUCAGCAAUUGAUUGAUAGAUUGAGAUUGGAUAUCAAUGCUCAAAACUAUGCCGAGCCUAUUGCUGCUCCUGUCCUCGCACAGAUAUUGAGCUCCAUGAGAAUCAUCAUGGGAGAAAUUAACCCAGGAGAAGGACGUGAGAGACUGGAUAGAAUUGCAUUUAACUCACGUUAUUUGAGAUUGGGAUUACAAAGAUUGGGAUUCAUCGUCUAUGGUGUGGAUGACUCGCCAGUUAUUCCAUUGUUACUCUUUGCACCAGCCAAAAUGCCUGCAUUCUCCCGUAUGCUAUACAAGAGAAAAAUCGCUGUUGUCGUUGUUGGUUACCCAGCUACACCAUUGACCUCGUCUCGUGUUCGUCUAUGUGUCUCAUCUGCUCUAAAGAAGGAGGACAUUGAUUACCUGCUUCGUCAUCUGUCAGAAGUUGGUGAUAAACUAUUCCUCAAAUUCAGCUCCGGUGUUGCUGGUGGUUCAUUAGAUGGUAAACCUCCAAGAUGGAAUAUCGAAGACGUUAUCAGGGAAACUCCGGAAGAUUGCAAGAAUCCAAAGUUCUUUGUCGGGACAAGCGCAACUACAGAGCCAAAGUGAUCAUCUAUAUGUUACAACUCCCUGUGAUCCCCCUAUUCAUCUCAUCUAAUACUCUAUUGUCUCACACAUACAACUAAUACACACAAUGAAAAGGACGUGCUUUCCUUCUAUUGUACUUUUCUUUGCUUUACAUAAUAACACAGUCAGUAAUUCCCAGACCGUACAUGGCCUUCUCAACGUCCUUCCUCACUUUUAAC